UCAAAAUUCGCAAGAAGAAACUUGAGGUCCGAAUCCCAAAUCCAUUUGAUUAUUAAGGUUGUAAUGGCAUACUCCUCCUCCAAUGAUUCUCAAAAUAAAGAGCAUGAAGUGUUUGUUAGCUUUCGAGGAGAGGACACGCGUAACACUUUCACUGGCCAUCUUAAUGCUGCGUUAAAGAGGUGCGGCAUCAGAACCUACAUAGACCACGACCUUAGGAGAGGUGAUGAAAUAUCUCAGACCCUUCUUAGAGCAAUCGAGGAAGCGAAUCUUUCGGUCAUUGUUUUCUCAGAAAACUUUGCCACGUCAAAGUGGUGCUUGGACGAGGUUGUGAAAAUAUUGGAGUGUAAGGAAAGAAAUGGGCAAAUUGUGGUGCCUGUUUUCUACCAUGUAGAUCCAUCUAUGGUGCGAAAUCAGACAGGGAGUUAUGGAGAUGCAUUUGCAAAACACGAACAACGUUUUGGAGGUAACACGGAGAAGGUGCAAAAAUGGAGAAAGGCUUUGACACAUGUUGCUAAUCACUCUGGCUGGGAAUGCUCACCCAACAGCAUGGAGUCUGAAUUAGUGGAGGAAAUUGGCAUGGACGUGUUGGAAAAACUGAAUCGCGUGUACGUUGGCGACCUUGAUCGUCAAAUUUGCAAGUACGAGCAACUUGUGGAGCUUCAAACGGAAUAUUCUGAUCAUAUAGGUCGCUAUGCAACACAAGAUCAUAUCAAGAAACUUAAGUUAGAAAGAGGUAUCCGUUUGCUUCGCCUCUAGUGCAAUCAGGCUGAAUGGUCUUUUCAAAUCCCCAUGCAUCAAAUAAUUUAUUAUCAAACUCAAACUCACUAUGUAUGUCUCUGAUUAUCUAUUAAUCGUUGCCAGAUCUACUUCGUUCUUCACUUCAAUUACUAUGUUAUUAAGUCUUCUCAGAACUAGAACAUUUCAUACAAGUACUCUUAAUCUUAAAGAAUUUCAAAUUUUCCAUU